AUCCUAGUGGUGUGCGUCAUGCUCUGCUUUUACCGUUAUUACGGUAAGGGCUUAAACUCCAGCUGUUGCUGGAGGUCUCGCACCCGUCAUGUAGUGUGAGAGGAGCGUGUAGACGACUAGUUCCAAUGGUGACGGGAGGUGCGUGGUCCAGCUGACCGGAGGGACCCCCUAACAGAGAUGGGUUUCGAGCUGGACCGCUUCAACGGGCACGUGGACCCGGACUUUAAAUGCAACUUGUGCAACAAAGUUUUGGAGGAGCCGCUGACUACCCCUUGCGGGCACGUCUUCUGCUCGCGCUGCGUGCUGCCCUGGGUGGUGCAGCGGAGCGCGUGCCCCGUCCGGUGCCGGAGGAUGUCUGCCAAGGAGCUGAACCACGUCCUCCCGCUGAAGAACCUCAUCCUCAAGCUGGACAUAAAGUGCGACAAUCACGCCAGGGGCUGCGGGAAAGUCGUGCAGCUGCAGCAUCUGGCGGAGCACGCGGGAGUGUGCGAGUACGCGCCGGCCAGGUGUGCGAACGAGGGCUGCGGAGAGGUGGUAAAUCUGAAGGACGUGGACGCUCACAUGCGCGAAACAUGCGAUUACAGACCGGUCGGAGUCUGUGAGGAGGGAUGCGGGCUCGCGCUGGCGCACCGGGAGCGCGCGCUGAACAGCCACAGCUGUGUGGAGGCUCUGAAGGCGCGCAACGGCGCGCUGCGCGCCACCGUCGUCCGCUUGGAGAGGGAGCUGAAGAGACGCUCCGCCACAUGGGGCCGCAGAGAGAAGUCGCUGGUCGCGCGUCUCUGCGCGGCGCACGACGAGCUGCGCGUGGCAGCGCUGAGUUACCAGGCGCGGGACGGCGAGCGCGGCGCGAGGAGCCGCGCGCCACAGUGUCAGGACGGCGAAACACAAACCUUCGAAGUUAUUCUGUACCGGAAAUCAGGGUCCCUGGGAUUUAAUAUCAUUGGUGGCAGGCCUUGCGAGAGCCAUGGGGACGGAUCUUCACAUGAGGGGAUUUUUGUAUCCAAAGUAAUGGAAAAUGGACCUGCAGACAAGGAGGGAGGUCUACAGAUUCAUGAUAAAAUUCUGGAGGUCAAUGGGAGGGACAUCUCCAAGACCAGCCACGAGCAGGCUGUGGAGGCCUUCCGGACAGCCAAGGAGCCAAUAGUGGUGCAGGUGCUGCGACGAGCCCCCCACCCCAAAGCACCCGAAGGCCCCUCGCCCGAGACCCAGGGGGUGGAUGCCAGCACGCAGACUGACAUGACAUCAGAGCACUUUGCAGCCCUCUCCAAGCUGUCAGGUCCUGCCAACACUAUGACAGUAAAGGCUUUGGACCUUCUUCUUUCUGAGGAACAAUCACCUGCUCAUCCAUAUUUUGACCCCGGUGAUUUCCUGGGGGGCAUGCAGCCAGACCUUGAGCGGGAGGAGCUGGAGUAUGAGGAGGUGGAUCUCUACAAAUUAAGUAGCCAGGACAAGUUGGGUCUGACCUUGUGUUACAGGACCGAUGAUGAAGAUGAGACUGGAAUCUAUGUUAGCGAGGUUGAUCCGAACAGCAUUGCUGCCAAAGAUGGUCGAAUCCAAGAGGGGGACAGAAUCCUACAGAUCAACGGCAUUGAAAUUCAAAACCACAGUGAGGCUGUGGAUCUGCUAACCAGCAAGGAGAACACGAACGUGUGCCUGCUCGUGGCUCGACCCGAGAUCCCCCUGGAUGCCGCGUGGAUGGAGAGUGACAGGAACGAUUUCUUGGACGACCUGCACAUGGACAUGCUGGAGCAGCAGCAUCACCAGGCCGUGCAGUUUACCGCCACCACGCUUCAGCAGAGGAAGCAUGAAGAAGAUGGUGGGACCACUGAUACGGCGACCAUCUUGUCCAUGCAGCACGAGAAGGACAGCGGAGUGGGACGCACGGACGAGAGCACGCGCAACGACGAGAGCUCGGAGCAGGAGAACGUCGGGGAAGACCAAGUCACGCCAUCCAACACGCUGGGAAGCAGCAAGAAGCUGGACUACAGCCGUGACACUUUGGGUAGCGCCGAUACACCGUUCAGCGGGGAAUCGUUCGCCUCGGCCGACUGCGCCGACGGAGAUUUCCUGGGUAUUCCCGCAGAUGAGUGCGAACGCUUCCGGGAGCUGCUCGAGCUCAAGUGCGGUAUGAGGAGCCCUGCUGCAGGGCAGGCAGCCCGUGAGCUGGAGCUGCUUAGCAGGAAGCUGGGUUGUUUGGGCGUGGAGGAGGCUCCGCAGCCACGACCGCUCCUCGGACCCUGGGACCCACUCGCCGCGAACUUCCGUGCUUCCGGCAACGGCCCCCAGCUCCCUGACAUCACGGAGCUCCCCGAGAGGCUGGACAAGGACAGCUCUAGUGCCUACAACACAGGAGAAAGCUGCCACAGCGCUGCGUUUACGCCGGAGCUCAGCCCCGACCGCUCUGCGAGUCAGGAGGCUGGAGCUCAGGGCCCGGCGGUGUCCAGAAGCCACGUGGUCUCUAAACAAGCGCUGUCGCCUUUCCACAAGCCCACUUCCGCUCAGAGCACUGUGGUCUCCAAGGAGACGAGCGCUUCCCUUAAUCCGGGGGAGAAGGAGUCGGGUUCUCCGGCCGCCCAGCGACGCUCCCUGUACAAACACGCCCACAUCCCGAACCAUGCGGCGCACUACCAGAGCUACAUGCAGCUCAUCCAGCAGAAGUCAGCUGUGGAGUUCGGGCAGAGCCAGGCAAGCCUCCUGAGCGCGUGUCACCAGCCGCCGGGGGCCCGGGGCCAGCCCGAGCCAAGGAGCGAGUGGAAGGUGAAGGUGCGCAGCGACGGUACGCGCUACGUGACCCGCCGGCCCAUCCGAGACCGACUGCUGAGGGAGCGGGCGCUGCGGAUCAGCGAGGAGCGCACCGGCGUCACCACGGACGACGACGCCGCCAGCGAGCUCAAGAUGGGCCGCUACUGGAGCAAGGAAGAGCGCCGGCAGCAGGCGGCCCGUGCCAGGGAGCAGAAACAGCGGCGGGAGAUCAUGAGGCAGAGCCGCCGGGAGUGCCUGGAGGAGCAGGGUGCAGGCAAUGAGGACCAGGGGGAGCUCAGCAUCAUCCAGCUCGGUCACAAAAAGAUGAUGAAAAAGAGGAACAAGAGGAUCCUCGAUAACUGGAUGACCAUCCAGGAGCUGCUGACGCACGGCACGAAGCUGCCGGAUGGAACACGAGUGUACAAUUCCCUCCUGUCGGUGACAACGGUGUAGGGGCUCCGCUUGACCGUGCGUUUUUAAUGAGACACCUUCGCCGAUGUAGGAGCUCCUGCCAUGUCCGCUGCAGAGGACGUCAAAACAUUGUCAAGUUUUAUAGUGUUAUAAUGACUUUUACUGCUUUUACUUAAAGCAUGUGUUCAAAAAUCCCCAAAUUCUGAAUGUCCAAGCAUAACCUGUACAUUUAUGCUGAAAGUUAACCCUGAAGAAGGGUACAGUUGACACAUUUCUGAGUCUGGCUUUUUUUCCCUGAACAUUAUUACAAUCACGUAUGUAUGUAUGUUUGGAAUUUAUGCCAGUUUUCUUUU